ACAGUAGGUUAAUCAAUAAGCAGAAGCAACACCUCAGAUAAUCAAUCAAUAAGUGCCUUCAGGUCGAAAUGACCCGCAGAUCUUUAUUGACUCAUUUCCUAUACAACAGUGUUGACAUUUUACAAUACAUGAUUGCUUCCACCUCUGCGCACGUACACAUUUAUGCCCCCCCGACUAAAGAAGUCAUUAUGUUUAAUGGCUUAAAAGUGAGGUUAAUUAUGUUUUCCUUCAGUGUAGAAGCUGAAAUGUGUGGAAUUAACCUGGAACAGAACAGCAGGGUUAACAGAUAUUUACAGCUGUGCGAGUGCUGUUUGAUGUCAUGUGCAGCCAACGGGCAACGCUUAAUUCCCUCCCCUUCUUCUCAUUCAAUGUGCUUUCACAAGAUAUUAAUGUCAGAGCAGUGAACUAGUUGCAUGAAGCCGAUACAGUAUUUCUUUUUCAUUAAUACUGCACAUGGUGUGUGCACUUUCUCAGUGUAAGCAAAGUACUCGAAAAUGUUUCUCCAUAAUUACAUCCAAUUAUCACUGCUUUAAGGAAUGAUUCAUCUCUGUUUCAGGCUUAUUAAAUUAGAGUCCCACAGCAGUGUAUAGAGCGCAAACUCUGGGGCUGCACAGAUUGUUGUUCUGCCCUCCACACGUAAAAGAAUACACACUAGGUUAGGCACUAAAUUAGUCCAGUGACAGCAGAUAAACACCUGCUCGUACACAUCACUCUGAGCCGCAGGAGACGGGAACUGCUUGAAUACAACAAACAUUCGGACCAGGAUUCAUUCCAAGAGGGCGGAUUUGGACUCAAAAUGUCAUCUGUCGAAGGCAAGAGAAAAGAAUAUCUGACUGUAAAGGAUUUACAGAAGGUUUUGGACUCAUGCAAACUACAUCUUAAUCAAGUUGACGAGGUCUGGCCAAACAUAUACAUAGGGAACGUGGCAGUAGCCCAAAACAAGGCUGCCUUGCUGAAAUUAGGUAUAACUCAUGUAUUAAACGCUGCCCACUCCAAGCGAGGCAGCGUAGGGAACCAAAGCUUUUAUGGCAACGACUUUGUGUAUUGUGGCAUUCCAGCAGAUGACUCGACACACUUUGAUCUGGAUGUUUACUUCCAGCCUGCAGCUGAUUUCAUUCAUAAAGCUCUGAAGUCGCCUGAUGGGAAAGUUCUGGUGCACUGCAUCAUGGGAAUGAGCCGGUCCUCGACACUGGUGUUGGCGUACCUCAUGAUCUACCGUCAGCUCUCGCUCAAACGGGCUCUGCAGAAGCUGAUCCAGAAGAGAGCCAUCUACCCCAACAGGAACUUUCUGGCUUUGCUGUUGGAUCUGGAUCUGCAGCUGACAAAGAGAAAAAAGAAAACGUGUCAGAUCUUGUAAUCGUAAGAGGAAGUUUACAGUUCUUUAGCCACACGUGAGCGUGGUCUCUGUAGGGAUGAGGAUAGCGCAGCCCAGCAAUCCAAGACUGACGUGUGUCUACAAGAAACAAAAAACCUGGUUCAUCUACAGUUUGCACUUCCUGUUAACAUGUUAAAUAUAUUGUCUACUCAACCCCCAGUUUUACAUGAAUAUGCUCAAUGUUAACAAAACACUUUAACUUUUUUUAUCCUAUGAAGCAACAUGUCAGCACAUCUUGUGUUUGCAUUAACACGCCAACAUUCAAAGCAAAGCAUGACGGCCAAUUUACACAUGCAGUGGAGGUCGUCAAGGGCCGGCCAAAGUGCAUCAUGUGUGUCAGAAGUUGAGAAAUGUUUUACUUUCCAAGCAGCACGUUUUUUUUUUUUCUUUAAGCUCAAGCUCUCGGACGCAGUUGACCUGAAGAUAGUUCAACCAAAUCAACCAAAAAGAGCCAGUUUCACAACACUGUAUCAACAUGACCUUUGCACUAGCGCCCCCCUCAGGCUGAGCUAAAUUUGACUAAGAUUCCAGUUCUGUUUCCGGUUUGCAAUGGGCUGCAUUGUCCUCAUGGACCCACUAACAUGGCUUUAAACGUUUCUUUCUUUUUUUCUUUAUUAUUUAUCUUUCGAAAGAUUGAAAUGCUAAAAUCAAAGAACGUCUUAAGAAGAGAGUUUUGUUGCACAUUUAAGUUAGUUUAACCUUUAUUUAACUAGAAAGACUGACAUAGAUUGGUUACAAAUUCAGUUAUGUAAUACACAAAACAUAUGUACACGAGGAAAACAAAACCAUUUCUGUGAAAACAGCUACAAUUUUCAUUUAGUCAAAUCUCAACAUAAUGUGAAACGAACACAGAGACAGUGAGAGCUCUGGAGAUGUUCAGAUUGUAUGACUAUGUCUUCAGUUAUAUCAUAAUUGUAAGAUUUGCCUUUUAUUUUUCCAACCACCUCAGUUUCUAUCCCCGCAGAAUGGACCAAAUCUCUAAACACAAAGGAUAAUAUUUUAGCAGAAAAGAGAAAAAAAUGUUAUUUUCUGCAAGAGAAUGUUCAAAGUCAGAAUGGGAAUCAAACUGCAUUAUACAGUGUUUCUUUGGUGUAUUUGUCCUGCUAUCUGAGCCACUCACUACUGUGCAUCAAAGGCGUCUGGUUUUAUUUUCUAUAGAGGAAUUACUGAUGACAGGCACAGAGAGGAACAAACAUGUUUAUAUCAGACUGUGACAGCAAUUUCUACCUGUUCUAAACGAUUACAGCCUCAUUAUAUCACGCACACACACACACUUUCAUGCACACAAACACACAGUUGUAUUGUCAGUAGAAUCAACAUUUAAAUGAACACAAUAAUAAUCUCUCAGAUUAUUGUCACAGAGAUAACUGUGGUGUCGCUCUGUUCAGUUUAUAUGUAACGAUUUCUUCUGUGGUUGUUUUAUUUGGAUAUGAAGAAAAUGUUUACGUGGUAAAUGGAAAUGUUCAUGUAUCUACACUUGUAUAAUUGUUUUUAUUCACAUUCACUCAGUCCUCAUAUCUGCAAUGCAUCUUUUUUUAUGUGUAAAUGUGUGUUUUUGAAUUUAUUGUCCCAAGUUCAUUAAAUGCUAUAAACCUA